AUGUACUCCCACCUCUUCAAAACCCUCAAGCUCGACGACUCUCACCUCACUCCAUACGUGGGUUCCGACCUCCAAGGCUUCAACGGAACCACCACCAAACCUUGGGAUUACGUUGAGCUGAUCGUCACCUUUGGGGAGGGAGAGGCUUCCAGACAAGUCAAGACACGCUUUUUGGUCGUUGAUUGCAAAACUCUCUACAAUUGCAUCAUUGGACGGCCCACCCUGGCCGAGCUCACAGUCGUGCCCUCAACCGUGCACCUCAAGAUGAAGUUCUACGAAAAGAGGGGACGGGUAGCCACCAUCAACGCCGACAUCAAAGCAGCCAGAAGAAUAUUCAACGCGUCGAUGAAAGGACUGCAGCUAAUUUCCCCUAACAAGAAGCCACGGGCCAAAAACAAGCCAGCUCGGGAAGACAAGCAGCCUCCGACCAAUGUCAGCUCAGUCGACCUCGACGCCCGUUUCACAAAGGAGGAAUUGAAGAAAGGCGAAGAACCGCAACCGGGAACAACACAUCCCAUCCUACCAAUUCCAGAAGGUGACUUCGAGCUCGUCCCGCUGGGCGACAACCCCGACAAAGCGGUAAAGAUCGGCAAAGACAUCCCGGACCUAGCGAGGAAACAAAUCAUAGCAUGCCUUCGAGCCAACGCAGAUCUAUUCGCCUGGAGAGCAGCUGAAAUGCCCGGACUCGACCCUGAGGUCGCCUGUCACCACCUCUCCAUUGAUCUAGCCGCGAAGGCAGUAGUUCAACGUUAUAAUCAAAUCCCCAUGGCGAGAUGUGAAAAACAGUGCACGGUGUUUAUGACUGAGUCGGGGAACUAUUACUACAACGUAAUGCCCUUCGGACUCAAGAACGUCGGCGUCACCUAUCAGCGGAUGAUGAACAAGGUAUUCCGAGGAGAAAUCGGGGACACCCUCAAAGUGUAUAUGGACGACAUGAUCGUCAAAUCCCGGGAAGACACCGACCACACCACGCAUCUCGAACGGGUAUUCAAGCAAGCUAGAAAUUGCAAAAUAUGA